AUGGCUUUUGCUAAUGGUGCAUACAUUAUAUUGCUGACUUCAUUGGUAUUGUCUACUACUGAUGGAUCAGUUAAGAAAGGAUACGGGAUAGACCUGAUGGCAUUUAAAUGUGGCGAUUUAGAUGCGUUAGCUAACAUUUCCUGGUGGUACAACUGGGAUGCAAAUCUUAAACAAAUAGAAGAGAAAAGCGGAUGUAAAAUCGAUGAAAAAUAUGUUCCCCUUUUCGUCCCAAUAAUCUGGGGGUAUAAUCCGAGUUGGAGUCCAGACAGGUACAGUGUUGAUGACAGAUACGAUAUUGUUCUUGGUUUUAAUGAGCCAAACCAUAAAAGUCAGUCGAACCUCACUGCCCAAGAGGCCGCUGACGCAUGGUAUAUUGUGGAACAAGAGGCAGACAACAAAAAGAUAGCAAGUCCUGCAGCGGCUAGAUGCGGAUCAGGAUGCCACAUCUUUGCGGGAACACAAACCGACCACCUUGUGGAGUGGGUUAUAUAG